GCGUUAGUGAUCCCUCUCUCCAUCCUCUCACUCUCUCCACCGCUCAUCUGGGUCAGCGCCGUGCCGAGUUUAGGGAUGACAUAUUCCCGGUAGCGCAAGGCUGAGCACAAAGCAGCACUGGGAGUAAAGCUGCAUUAAUACAAUAACAGUUAUUGAGGAACAUUUACAGGGAUAACAGCUACUUGAACCAGCGGCAAUAUGUGGCUGUGGAUUUUAUACUUAUAUUUUGGAAUCGUGGCAGCGAGCGAGAAUGAGAUAGAUAGUAUCCAGUUUGCUGCAGAAUCCAAGACAAUUACAGUAGAGGAUGGAGGAAAUGUGGGCCUGCCCUGCUAUGUACAUUCCAUAAAAAACUAUACAAUAAGCUGGGAGAGUGGGAAGUUGGGUGUUUUAACAACUGGUGAUGCAAGAGUAACGUCGGACAACCGAUUCGUUCUUCGACGUGGGAAGCAUGGAAUAUGGAUGCUGCAGAUCACGGACGUGGUGUUGGAUGACGAGGACACCUACAGCUGCAUCAUCAACACCAACCCUCCACUCACUAAAGUCGUCACACUCAAUGUGGGUUUCUCCCCCACCAUGAAGGCAGCACGAAGCCAUGUGACAAAGCCGAAAGGGAAGAAGGCGAAGCUGGAGUGCCUGGUGAGCGGCAAGCCCCUGCCGGUGGUGGUGUGGGAGAAGGGGGAGGAAGAGGUGAAGCCUGACAACAGACACUCCAUGGAGACACUCAAGAGGGGAGACUUCAACCGAGUCAUGAGGCUCAGAAUAAAGAAGAUCAGGGAAAGCGACUAUGGACAAUAUCGAUGCAAGGCUGUCAAUGAGUUUGGCAUGAACACUGCUACAAUCAAACUGAAUGCGCCACGUUCUGUAACACCAUCGUUUGAUGCCAAAUCUCAGAACAUCUCUGCCUCACCUGGCUCCACUGUAGCCCUUCCCUGCACGGUUCAGUCCCUGGGAAAGUAUAAGGUGUCCUGGCUGGAUGAAGACUCGGAUGUCCUCACAGUUGGAAACUCACGGAUGUCUGGAGAUGACCGUCUUCACGUUGAGCGAUCGAUGGCCCACAGUUGGGACCUGGUCAUCAGCGAUGUGACGGAGGCUGAUUCCGGAACCUACAUGUGCCAGGUCAACACACCAAGGCCGAUGGUCAAGACUGUCGUGCUACAUGUGGGCAGCCCUCCUGUGGCUGAGGUUUCUGAACAAAGCUUGACCAAGUCGACAGGGGAGAGCAUCAUGCUGUCAUGCAGCAUCCGGGGAUACCCACAGGAGUUGAUGAUGUGGACUCUCAACAGCUCGGAUAUACCGACCGGAGAAAAAUAUGAAAUCGGCAUUGAGGACGUGGACAACAUAACGUCUAUUUUGACCUUGAAGGUUGGGUCGCUACAGCGGAAGGACUUCGGGGCCUACACAUGCCGUGCCUCAAACAGGUUCGGGGUGUCGGAAGCUACUGUUAAUGUCAUCGAGCGGCCGACCAGCACCGAGCCUCGGUUUGUGGAGACCUCCAAGAACGUGACAGUGAUGGAGCAGGAGACAGCCCUUCUACCCUGCUCCGUGGAAAAUCUUGGAAGCAACAAGGUGAUGUGGAUCUAUGGGAAGACGUACUUGUCGCAGGCGAGACGCAUCGUGGCCAGAGACAAUAGGUUCAGUAUUCAGAAGAAAGGAGACAGAAAAGCAUGGAACUUGGAGAUAAAGAGUGUCAAAUAUCGGGAUGCCGGAAUUUACCGAUGUCGGGUGCAUGGGAAAAACCCUAUUGUCAGGAGCGUGUUCCUCAAUGUGAAGGCCGAUUCACCAUCUUCAGGACCGAUGUUUGACCAACCGUCCGAGAACUUGACUGUUAUAGCUGGAACAACUGCAGUGCUUCCAUGCGGGGUGAAGAAUCUCGGCUCGUAUCAGGUUGUGUGGACUGGAGGCAAGAAUCAGAGCCUGCUGACGUAUCGCUCACGACGCACCACUGAAGACAAACGGUUCAGGAUUGAUAAACCCUACCACAAGGAUUGGAACCUGCACAUUGAAAACGUGAAUGUGGAUGAUGAGGGGUUGUACACAUGUCAAGUCAACACCAACCGCCGUCUGUCCCGCUUUGUCUUUCUCACAGUUCAAUCCCCAGCAAGGAUCCUCGACAGUGAAAACAACGAUGUCAUCGUACAAGAAGGCGAGGAUGCUGAGCUCGUGUGUAACGUCACUGGUGACCCCCUUCCCAAAGUGACAUGGAGGAGGGAGGAGUCAGCUGCACUUUGUAAAGGAACAAUCUUUUCUGGAGAGUUUGGAGAGAUUCUGCGUGUACCCAAAGCUGCCGUCAACUGCAGUGGAGGCUAUGAGUGCAUUGCUUAUAACGAAAUCCCCCCUGCAGUUCGUCUCACCAUGUUGCUGACUAUCGGUGUGAGACCUCAUGUGGAGCUGACGGUUGAGAAGAUCAUCCAGGAAGCUGGCAAGUCGGCCAUCUUGGAGUGUCUGGUGACCAUGAACCCCUUUGAGGUAACGGCCUGGUACAGGAAUGGCUAUAAGGUAGAAGUCGACUCAGAGCCUCGGUACAGCCAGGAUCUGUAUGACGAAGAAGACAACACAUUCACCCUCUUGCUGCGUAUUGACAAUCUUCAGGACGACGACUUUGGCAACUACACAUGUGCAGCAUCAAAUGCGUUUGGAUAUGAUGAAAAGUCCUUGAUGCUGUUAGAGCUCAGGCCAGCGGUGCCGUAUCUCAACGAGUCUGUCUCUACUGUGGUGGUAGAGGAAGGCGAGUCGGCCAUCUUGUCCUGUACCGCAUACAAUCUUGGUUCCAGGAUGAUAAGCUGGACGAACAGCGAGGGCAUACUGACGGUUGGAACAAAUGUUUUGGACGCAAAUAACACCAAAAUUAGUAUAGAGCACUCUACCGACAAUCAGUGGGACCUGAUAUUGGGGGAGGUGAUGGAGUCGGAUGCUGGGGUGUACACCUGCAACGUUGCCAUAGAUACACACAACAUCAGUAGACAAGUUAUACUGUCAGUAGUGGUACCAGCCUAUAUGGUCUCCACCUCAGACAACAUCAAUAUUGAAGAGGGUCAGAAUGCUGUCUUGGAGUGUGUGGCUGGGGGAACACCUGCCCCCCAGGUCAUGUGGUCAGUGGGAGAGAGCAACAACUGCAGUCUCAUAGGUGUGAAUCACACGGGGCAGUACCUGAAUCUGACCGGGGUGAGGCGGGACUGUGAUGGUGACUUCUACUGUCAGGCACGCAAUGAAUAUGGGGAGACCUUGAAGAUGAAGAUGGCUGUUGUUGUUGAAUAUUCCCCUGAAGUGUCUGUACAGGGCAAGAUGAUCACCCAGGAGAUGGGCCGGAACACAAGGCUGGAGUGUCAGGUGGUCACCAAGCCCCUCGGGGAUGUCAUGUGGUACAGAGGCAACACAAAGGUUGAGUAUAACGCCAAGUACAAGGCAGAGAUGCGCAACGAGGAGAAGUUGUUCACCUUGACAUUAGACAUCCAUGACCUGAGAACUGAAGACUUUGGGGAUUACACCUGUCGGGCUGUCAAUGAUAGAGGAUCUAAUGAAGAGACCGUCACACUCAACAGUCCUGCUGUAGUUCGGUCAGAGUUGUCUUCUCCUGACACAUCAGUGCUGGAAGGGAAGUCCUUGACCUUGACCUGUGAUGUAUUGGGCGUCCCAGCACCAACUGUCUCCUGGUACAAGAUGACUGAAAACAUGGAUGUCCAGUCACUGGAAGUGCCAAGGGAAGUCCUGGUGUCGGAGGGCCAGGAGCUUGUGUUCCCUUCAGUGUCCAAGAUGGACAAGGGAGUCUACAAGUGUGUGGCCACCAACGGCUUUGAGUCCAUGGUCGGCCCGAACUCCAACCUCAUCGCAGUGACAGUUGAAUACCCUCCGAGGGUGACUCUUGUUGGUGAUAUGGAUGAAGAGGAUGAGGACGAAGAUGAAGGCAAGGUGCUGAAGUGUCAGAUAACUUCCUUCCCACAAGGCAUUGCAAUGUGGAUGGAAAAUGGUAUCGAGAUAAAGAACGAUUACAAUCACCACAUUGAUGUCAACUACGUCGGCAACAGCACCAUUGAACUGCGUCUCCACAUCAUGAAGCUUGGUAACAAACCAUUCUAUUACUACACCUGCGUUGCCACUAACCCUCAUGGAGAUGAUCGGGAAGAUGUCAAGGUGGAAGGUAGAGUUGAUGAGAUGCCAGAUUUGGACACAGUGACAGAAGCAGGUUUCACUGUAGAUGAAACAACAAUCGGCUUCGGCAGCAGUGCCGGUGGCGGUGGCGGCGGCGGACACAGGAAGAAGGCCAAGAAGGACAAGGAAGUCGGCCAUUCCGACGGCGGCUCAAGGAAACAAAAGAACAAGAAACAUAAAGAGAAGAAGGGCAAGAAACACAGGAAGGAGAAGCCACGAUACAAUGAAGACAAGGAUGUAAUGAUGAAUGAAGUGGAUAACAAUAUGGAUGUGAGCAAUGUCGAUGACAAUGAUAAAGUAGAUAUUGAUACGAAUGAGAAUCGUGUAGAAACACCGUACAUGACGGGCAGCUCUGAUGAGAGCAGGUCAGGACCUGCCAAGAAAGAUUCUCCAGGAGUCAGUUCUGUGGUUGUACCAUCAACCCUUGUGUGUCUUGUUUUACUAAUGAUAGGGCAAUUACUACGGUAAAUGUUUUCAAUUUAAAUAUUUAGGCCACUGAAAAAAAAUUAAAAGGUAAUUGACAAUUAAUUAUACCACUGUUUACAGUUAUUGUUAACUUAAAGAGACAAUUUUUUCAACAUGUUAUAUUGUAUUCUUUGGCAUUUACCCAAUUCUGAUAUUAAUCACACAAUUGGAAAAUUAAUUUUCUUUAAUGUUAAUAUUUUCUAUAAUUUUUUAUAAAAUGUGUCUAUUUGUAAGAUGCAUCUGACAAGGGUAGAUCUGGAGAAAAAUGGUAAUGAUAGAUUUUCCCAUGUCUUUCAUUAUUUUGUGAAUACUGAUAUUAUUUUUCUGUUAGGACAUUGUUUUUUGUCCCCCGGUACAAAAUGAUCAACUAAAUGAUUUUCAUUCAUGAACUGGAUGUCUUCAUUGAUCAAUCAUAUCCACUAGAGCUCAAUGUUCAACUGGCCAAUCCAGUUCUAUGUCUACUUCCCAUGUGGGUACAAUGUGUGAAGCCCAUUAAACUUCAGGUCCCCGCCAAGAUAUUGCUGGAAUAUUGCGAAAAGCGACGUAACAUCAUACUCACUCACUAUUCCUAUGUCUACUCCAAAAAUUAAACAGUUAAAAAUACAUUGUCUACUUAUAUAAAUUCAGAACUAGUUUUUAAGAAUUUGUUCAUUGUAAAUCUGUAGACACCAGUUACUUAUUAACAAUCUCUCAAAAUGACAAGGGCAAUACAAACCUACCAUCUGCUCCCCAAAAGGCAAAAAAUUAAAAUUGUCUCAUUAAAUUUUUAGUUAGGAAUGACUUUAUUACUGCAGAUUUUGUAUUAUUUAUGGUGGUAAGGAUGUUGGGAGCUCAAGGCUGAUGUUGCUAUGGAGACACCAAAGGCAACAAACACUUCUCACAUCCAAUCAAAAUCUAUGUAGCUCUUCCAGUCUGUUGUCUGUCAUGUGAUGUUCAUCAGACGAUGUUCAUGAUGUUCAUGAUGUUCCACCAUGAUCCGUUCACUCUGGAUUUGCUUCACAAAGAUUUCAUCGUUUUGGUUGUGACUUCACAAAGUCCCCUCUUUGACUGUUUUGGACCUUGACAUGAUGGCAUCUUUGGGAAGCAUACCUUAGCAUACAGCUGAUUAAAUCAUACUUAUCAUUGAAAUACUUUAUUAAUGAUAUGCAAUUAUUUCCAUCCACCACGCAAUAUAUUAUUGCAUGUAAAUGUGUAGAUAUGUUACAAAACUAGUCGACAUGUUAUGUGUGGUACUCAUAUAAAUGGCAACAUCACAGUGUAUUCCAUGAUAUGUUAUGAUUUAUGUCAAGUCUCUAAAACAGUUUUUGCUUGAACCAUCCUGGUUUUGCUAUUAUGUAAUAGUGCUGGACUGUAUAAAGCUAUUUUGGUGUUUAUUACUUGAUUUUUAGUGUUUUCUUCAAAUCCAAAGGUUGUCAAAUGUUGAAAGUCAAAAUAUCUUUUUUAUGAUUUCGGAAAGAUAGCCUGGAUGGUUUAUAGGGUAAAGAAGAAAAACUGAAAUGAGGAAAAUAUUGCUUGUAGUGUUUGUUAAAAGAUAAAAGAACAACCUUUUUGGAGUUCAUUUAUUGCUGAAAUAUGUUCACAAAUUCAGUGGGUUGGAUGACGAAUACUGUUCCACAUUUGUGGAAGUUUGGAAUGGCUUAUCUGUAAAUCAAGUAAUAGAAAAGUGUUGUAUUUGGGUGCACAGCGGAAGUCUUUACGCGACAAUUCUCACCUGGCUCUGUCAGCCAAUACAACGGCUCUCAAUAUUGUAUCAGUUGUAGGGGAAUAUUGCUCCAGGAAACACCUACUUACCAAAGAAGCAGAUAAAAACAUGUUGUUGGCUUUCUAAAACGCCAGGGAAAAGAUUGUAUACACCUGAAAAUUGAAUAUAACCAAACAAUUAUAACAUUAUUAAAACGUUACUAGGCAGAAAACAGUUACAGAAAUCACUGCAAACGUAAGAUCUGAUGCCUGUGUCAAAUACAUCACCUUCAGAUAACCAUUUUUUGUUUGUUUCAUUUUAGCCACCAUCAAACAUGGGUUUAUACUUUCUUUUGACUCAACAGUUUAUAAUGGCUCUUUGAAUCACAGCAGAUUUAGUCAAUUACAUUUCAACUAAAAAUUGUAAAUCCUUUUAAUCUCUGGCACGUUACUUAAUUGUGCUUGUGUGUUUCAUCAAAAUGGUAAACAUAUAAGGAAUCUGGACUUCCCUCACACAGUCUGUGGAACUUAAAUUCUGUUCAAAGCAGCAUUAAACCAAAACUCACUCACAACGGAAACAGAGUCAGGUGAUCUAGUCAGAAGCAAGGCUUGGAAAACUGUGUCAUGUAGCUGCUGAUGUGAUCAUACUGUCGUUGUUGUCAUCAUACUGUCGUUGUUGUCAUCAUACUGUCAUUGUUGUCAUCGUGCUGUUCUUGCCGACUCAUGAUAUCAUUGUAUAAAGUUCACAUCGUCUGCCAUCAGAGACACGCGAGUGAAGUGGCAUGCCAUCUGCAGGUGCUUGCACGGACGGUGUGGAAAGUGUGUCUAUCUUGAGCAGCUGUCUGUAUGUAAACAUAACAUGUGUUACUUCAGCACUGGACCUGAUGAUGGGAUGUGUAACCCUGAAAUACUUUUCAAACAAUGUAGAAGUUGUCCAAUGCAGAAAUGCCUGUCUUCAUAGCAGAUGUCUAUGGUGUGUCACAUUCACUGGCUGUCGUGAUGUUUUGUACUUUUCUGCUGUAUGCAUAUUACCUUUUUGCCAUACUUCACAUGUAGUGUUGAAGUGCCAGAUCCUAUAACAUUUGUCACUGUAUAUUGUACAAGGGUGGAUCCAGCAUUUUAAUAUGGGAGGGAUCCAAAAUAUCAAAAUCCUCUCUCAGUCAGUUUUACUGCCUACAACAUACUAAAUUUUGGUUUUCAAAAUGGUGGGUCUGGACCCCCUGGACUCCCUCUGGAUCUGCCUAGGUUGUACACCUGGAUGUCUUGAGCAAGUCAUAUGUGUCAUGGUACAUAUUGACAUUGUAAGCAAAGUAUGUGUGUCAUGGUACAUAUUGACAUUGUAAGCAAAGUAUGUGUGUCAUGGUAAUAUUGACAUUGUAAGCAAAGUAUGUGUGUCAUGGUACAUAUUCACAUUGUAAGCAAAGUAUGUGUGUCAUGGUACAUAUUGACAUUGUAAGCAAAGUAUGUGUGUAAUGGUACAUAUUGACAUUGUAAGCAAAGUAUGUGUGUCAUGGUACAUAUUCACAUUGUAAGCAAAGUAUGUGUGUCAUGGUCCAUACUGGUAGUGCCAUUGUAAGCUUAGUCCUUGUGUCAUGGUACAUAUUGACAUUAUAUGAAAAAAACCAUGUGUGUUAUGAUACAUAUUCACAUUGUAAGCAAAGUAUGUGUGUCUUGAUACAUAUGACAUUGUAAGCAAAGUAUGUGUGUCUUGAUACAUAUGACAUUGUAAGCAAAGUAUGUGUGUCUUGAUACAUAUUGACACUCUAAGCAAAGCUACUUGGGUCUUGAUACAUAUUGACAUUGUAAGCAAAGUAUGUGUGUCUUGAUAGUUGAUACAUAUUGACAUUGUAAGCAAAGUAUGUGUGUCUUGAUACAUAUUGACAUUGUAAGCAAAAUAUGUGUGUCUUGAUACAUAUGACAUUGUAAGCAAAGUAUGUGUGUCUUGAUACAUGUGACAUUGUAAGCAAAGUAUGUGUCUUGAUACAUAUGACAUUGUAAGCAAAGUAUGUGUGUCUUGAUACAUAUGACAUUGUAAGCAAAGUAUGUGUGUCUUGAUACAUAUGACAUUGUAAGCAAAUUAUAUGUCUUGAUACAUAUUGACAUUGUAAGCAAAGUAUGUGUGUCUUGAUACAUAUGACAUUGUAAGCAAAGUAUGUGUGUCUUGAUACAUAAUGACAUUGUAAGCAAAGUAUGUGUGUCUUGAUACAUAUGACAUUGUAAGCAAAGUAUUUGUCUUGAUACAUAUGACAUUGUAAGCAAAGUAUGUGUGUCUUGAUACAUAUGACAUUGUAAGCAAAGUAUAUGUCUUGAUACAUAUUGACAUUGUAAGCAAAGUAUGUGUGUCUUGAUACAUAUUGACAUUGUAAGCAAAGUAUGUGUGUCUUGAGACAUGACAUUGUAAGCAAAGUAUGUGUGUCUUGAUACAUAUGACAUUGUAAGCAAAGUAUAUGUCUUGAUACAUAUUGACAUUGUAAGCAAAGUAUGUGUGUCUUGAUACAUAUUGACAUUGUAAGCAAAGUAUGUGUGUCUUGAGACAUGACAUUGUAAGCAAAGUAUGUGUGUCUUGAUACAUAUGACAUUGUAAGCAAAGUAUGUGUGUCUUGAUACAUAUGACAUUGUAAGCAAAGUAUGUGUGUCUUGAUACAUAUGACAUUGUAAGCAAAUUAUAUGUCUUGAUACAUAUUGACAUUGUAAGCAAAGUAUGUGUGUCUUGAUACAUAUUGACAUUGUAAGCAAAGUAUAUGUGUCUUGAUACAUAUUGACAUUGUAAGCAAAGUAUGUGUGUCUUGAGACAUAUGACAUUGUAAGCAAAGUAUAUGUCUUGAUACAUAUUGACAUUGUAAGCAAAGUAUGUGUGUCUUGAUACAUAUGACAUUGUAAGCAAUGUAUGUGUGUCUUGAUACAUAUGACAUUGUAAGCAAAGUAUGUGUGUCUUGAUACAUAUUGACAUUGUAAGCAAAGUAUGUGUGUCUUGAUACAUAUUGACAUUGUAAGCAAAGUAUGUGUAUUGAUACAUAAUGACUUUGUAAUCAUAAUACUGUAUCAUGGUACAUAGUAAAAAAAUGGACUUUGUGUCUAAGUACAUAUUAACAAUAUAUGCAUAAUAUCAUGGUACUUGUUCACCCUGUGUACUUUGUUAGUGGGGAACCAUUGUAAAUGUUUGUACUUUGUAUCAGUGGAUAAGGUUUCUGAAAGUAACAAGACCACAGUUCACCCUAACUUUGAUGGUGUACAUUCUUGGUUAGAGAUAACAUUGAUGAUACUGAUACUUACGUAGUGCCAUUAAGAACAUAGAAACAUCCAGGCUACAUAUAUGUUAACUUUGAAGCUUCCAUGUUAACUUUGUUUGUUCUUUCAGCUUGUUAACAUGAAUGUUCCUCCAGAUUGUUAACAGGUUGGGUUCCUCCAGCUUGUUAACAGGGAUGGUUCCUCCAGCUUGUUAACAGGGAUGGUUACUCCAGCUUGUUAAAAUGGAUGUUCCUCCAGAUUGUUAACAGGUUUGGUUCCUCCAGCUUGUUAACAGGGAUGGAUCCUCCAGCUUGUUAACAGGGAUGGAUCUUCCAGCUUGUUAACAUGGAUGUUCCUCCAGCUUGUUAACAUGGAUGUUCCUCCAGCUUGUUAACAGGGAUGUAUCUUCCAGUUUAUUAGUAUGGAUGGUUCCUCCAGCUUGUUAACAUGGAUGCUUCCUCAAGAUUGUUAACAUUGAUGUUCCUCCAGCUUGUUAACAGGUUUGGUUCCUCCAGAUUGUUAACAGGGAUGGAUCCUCCAGUUUAUUAGAAUGGAUGGUUCCUCCAGCUUGUUAACAUGGAUGUUCCUCCAGCUUGUUAACAGGUUUGGUACCUCCAGCUUGUUAACAUGGAUGGUUCCUCCAGUUUAACAUGAAUGGUGCAUCCAGCUUGUUAACAUGGAGUAACCUUCGAAACAACCAUCAAACUUAUUCUCCCACCUGCUUCUGCUGCACAAAUCACAAUUCUAGUCAUCCAUAGUGCAACAGAAUUGCAUGAGAUGCAUAAAUAUGAAAGUGAUGAAUUUAUUAACACAUGUUGCAACUUUGAAAUAUACAAAUAUUGUCAUCAUGAUAAAUGUUUGCGACACGAAUAUCACAAUCAGGCUCCUGUUGUUAACAAUGCAGACAAUAUACUCAUUCAGUCAAUGAUAGUGCUCUUAAUGUCUUACACUAACAGUUAAUCUGUAUCCCUUGGAGACCGUGUCACUUGGGCUGUGGGUGUGUUCAUGUCCCAUGUUUCUGUUGUGUAGGUGUGAAUGAGGAUAUUGUUUAUUUAAUGAUUGCCUGAGGAGCCACAAUGUCUGUUUAAUGAUACAAACCAACUGAUUAAAACAAGUUUGAAAAUCAAAA